CAUUAAACGACACCGUUUCGCAAUGGAAAAUAUGUAAAUUUCCGUAUUACCAAGUAAAUAGGAGUAACUGAUAAUAAACGGAUUACGAAUGAUGACAAACUCACUCUGUUCCUGCGCAAUUGUUUGCGCCAAGAACUCCAUUCCAUCUCCAGGUAAAGGAUGUAAAUACACAGGCCAAUCAGUGAGACCAUUGCCCAUUCGUAUUUUAACGGUUGGGAAAAAGAGAUCAGCUGGUGUGCAGUUAUUAGUGGAGGAGUAUGUUGGGAAGCUCAAACAUUAUUGUAGUGUUGAUGAUGUUCAAGUUCGACCCAAUCCUAAAAACGCACGUGAUGUGAGGGCUCAGGUUGAGGAUGAGGAUGCGGGGGUGGUGAACCUUAUCAGCUCUGAUGAUUGGGUUGUGUUGUUGGAUGAGAAUGGAGUAAACAUUGGGUCUGAACAGAUGGCUGAGUUAUUGGGGGAUGCAGGGAAUACAGGAGCUUCAAGGCUAUCAUUUUGCAUUGGUGGACCUUAUGGCCAUGGACCAAAAAUCAGAGAAUGCGCUAACAUCUCAAUCAAGUUAUCUUCGAUGGUCUUAAAUCAUCAAAUUGCAUUACUUGUACUUGUGGAACAACUUUAUAGGUCAUGGACUAUUCUGAAAGGUCAAAAAUACCAUCAUUAGUGUUUCUUGUCUGUCAGGUUAUCAUGAUUGUUAGACGAAGCAUUCUCAAGUUGAGUUUAGCAGAUUGCUGAAAGACUGAAUAGAGUUGGUGCUGAGAGGCGUUCAUCAUCUGUUCAGUUUGACACCAUGGUGCUCCUGCUACAUAUUGAAUGUUACGUGCCGCAUAGAUAAUGGCUUUUGCAUGUUAUGCGGCUUCACAUGUUCUAAAAGUUCUGAUAAAAUCAAUGUAUUGAGAUUAGGUGUUCAGUCAUAGCUCUGGAUAUUCACAGUGUCUUCACUUUUGCAUCUUCAUUGGCAAAUUCAGAGGAAACUGACAAGAUUAGAAGGCAAUGUAUAGUUGUAUCGUACACAUUAUAUGAUAACAUUAUUCGCUUUUUUUUUUUU